AUGGUAGCUUUAUGUGAUAGUACACUGGUUAGACAGUUUAAACCAUUAUACAAUGUUGGUUUUCCAAAGCCAACGUCAAGACUCAACAUCGAAUUAUUAUCGGACUUGGAACUUGAAGAAUAUUUCAAAGCUCACUUUCUCCAAAUUUUUAUCGAACAGAUGGCUAAUAUUCCAUUUCCUCGUAUCCAUUCUGCCAAGGAAGAAGAACCGAAAGAAAUUAGGCCAGAUUUGAAUGUUCGACUAUUAUGCCCAGACUGCAAGAAUCCCACUCCUAAUAUAAUAGAAGAAUUUGCAAGUGGUGAUUUAGUAUGUGGCGAUUGUGGCUUAGUGCUUGGAGAUAGAAUUAUCGACACUCGCUCGGAAUGGAGAACCUUUGCCAAUGACGAAGGUGAUGACCCAUCCCGUGUAGGUGCCGCAGCUAAUCCUUUGCUUGACGGUUCACAGCUGGACACUGUCAUCUCACGACGAGAUGGCGGAUCUGGAACAGCCAAGGAUUUGAACAAAGUUCAUGGAAGAGCGACAGCAGUCAAAGGAGAGAAAAAUUUAAUACAGGCGUAUAAAGAAAUAGCGGCCAUGUGUGAGGCCAUUGGAUUGACACGACAUAUUGCGGACAUUGCCAAACAGUUAUACAAACGUGCAGAAGAGGAAAAGCUCCUACGUGGAAAGAGCACAGAAUCUAUUAUCGCAGCUUGUAUUUUUAUCGCUUGUCGUCAGGAGAAUGUACCCCGUACAUUUAAGGAAAUUUGCGCAAUUACGCGUGUGCCAAAGAAAGAAAUCGGACGUUGCUUCAAAAUUCUGAUCAGCAAUUUCGAGACUGGCGUUGGAACGAUGGCGUCUGAAGAUUUAAUGUCGCGCUUUUGUUCCAUGUUGAGUUUGGGCAUGGAAGUGCAAAAGGCGGCUGUUGAAUUGACUAAAAAGAGAAACGAGUUGGGCGUAUUAGCUGGAAAAUCGCCGGUUUCGGUCGCGGCUGCGUGCAUAUAUCUAGCAUCUCAUUUGUAUGGGCAGCCCAAGUCUACCAAGGAAAUUGCCAACGUUACUGGUGUAUCCGAGGUUACCAUUAAGAAUUCUUACAGAGGUCUAUAUAACGAACGUGAGAAACUGUUGGAUCAAAAAUAUGGUAACUUUAAGAACUUGCCUGCUCCAUAA